UGAUAGUGCGCGUAGUCCAGUGGGCGUUCGCAGUUAUGACGAUGGUCGGUAGUCCCGUUGACCCACCAACCGUUGCAGAAAAGGGAACCUCACUGAAAGACAUUGUCGGGUUCAAGAGACUGGUAAGCUACUUUUCAUGCCCUGGUCAUGUACUUCAGGUGAAAUCGGCAUCCAGGACGGCUGAAACUCUCGCACCGAAUGAUCUUCCAGCAGCUUUUCAACUUUCCUUCGGCCUAAUGGAGAGAAUUAGUGACCUUAUGCUGGAGGCUUUUGCCUUUCUGAAUUCAAGUUCUUCUGAAAGAGCUGAUAACCUUAUUUUCGACGGAUUCGGACAGCGGUCGCUGACGUCAGCCUUUUCCCCCACGCUCGUCUCGAAAGAGGUGUCAAGCUCCAGUGCAGAUCUGAUAAGCCCCAUCCUAACUGACUACAAGGAUGCGGAUGUAUCAGAAAAGCGUACCGACGGGCUUGGCCGAACAUACGAAGAAGCUGAAAUGAAUGCAUCCGAACACAGCGAGAUCCAUAACCAGAGUGAUCUGGAGCGAGAACAGAACGUAUUGUCUCCUUCAGUUGAAGAUUCGCUAAGAAUUGAUUUACCGACCGAAGAUUUUCGAGCGCCGGCCUCAGAAUCUGAUGACCUGCUACCAUCCAGUAUUCAUGCUUCACAACACAGCGCCAGUCCCACUAAACGUGUCAGAGUGGACCCGUGUACCGUCCAGCCGUUCUCGAAAAAGUUUGCUAGGUCUAAUGGAUCAUUCCCAUCCCAGCUUCUUAAUGGACGUCUUGGCGAAUCAGCCACUCGUGAAUGGUCCUUGGGUUCACGGAUGUCUUCUGACGUCCGCCGAUGGCGUCUAUCCAGCACAGACAGACUUAAUUCAUUAAUCGAUGAGUGUGAACGACAGGUGAACGGGCGAAAGCUGUAUGUAUGCAAGUUCUGUGGCAAAGUUUACGAAAUUAAAAGCAGCAUGCGUUACCAUAUGAAGAUAAUACAUUUACAAAUGCAUCUGAAAACUACGGAGAUGCAGUGUCGCAUCUGUGGGAAGCAGUUUACCUGCGUCAGUGCGGUGAACAGACAUCAAGCAAAAUGUAUUCUUUCCACAUACCCAGAGCCUGGUUGUCACAGGGUUAAGAAUUGUCUGGCUCUGACUGCAACUACGGUCACCGAUCAGAUUAGUCCACAACACAUUUCCAGUUUGUACGCGGAAUCAAACUUCGGGAGCGGUGUUUCAGAUGCAGAUAAUAUGCCAAACUUCUCCGUUGGUACUAACCAGGCUGACAGCCAUAGUAUGAACGCACUGUUCGCUAAGAAUCAGUCUCAUCAGGUUUCUUCUGCAUCAACACCAAUAAAGUGUUUCCAGGAAGGCGUCUUCUUUGCGGAAUCUACUCGUUCCGGAAAUCCAGUAUCCACUUCGUACGAUAGUAGUGAACGAUCAGGUUCACAGCUUGCUCAGGAAAGCGCUUUUUCUCCUCCACGUGCCUUUAAACAAGAUCCGCUACGCAGUGGGAUGGACUCGUUCAGAAACUCGAUCGUCAAUUAUUGGAAUGGGAUUCCACAAUUUGGCGCAAACAUUUCGGAGAUGACACCGCUCCAGUUGGAGAUGUGCAUGAAGGCUGUUGUACAGGGAUUCCACCCGAACGCAGCCAGCUUCACUGAAAACGUUAAUUCACAAAGCCCUUUCACUGACAUGAAGUCGGAACUCCUGGUAACUCCACGUCAAACAAAUCCCAGUAGGCCUUCAUUUUCGUCUAUCCGUACUCCAUCAGAUACAUCCGAACCGGAGCCUAGUCAGUCUUUGGAGAAUGACGAAGUUGCCAUCGACUUAUCGGCAAGACCCUGUCUAGAUUCCGUUAUGAUCGAGUCCUUCUAGUUUAGUCUUCACUGGGUGUUUUUCUUCUACAAACCCAAUGCCGUCACAUGUUCAACCCAAAUUCACUCGGUUUCCUUCACAUAACCGCCAUGGCAUUUACUUGAAACCCAAGGCAUAUAGUCCAAGAAGUGUCCUUCACCCUCGGGGUCUUUCAUUUCCCAGUGCCUUACAACGAAUACUCGUUCAACAUGGUCUUCCCACCCACCCCGAACUUGUGCUUAUUCUUGCUCCUAAACGUUAUUUUAUUCUUCAGAUGUCUUACUUUCGUUUUAUUGUUAAACUCUUACACCCGUUUUUUAUCCAUAAUCUUAGAACCCGAUGCAUCUCUUAAAAGGUGAUUCAUAUUGUUUAGCCGGUGGAUCUCGUUUUAUUCAAUGUAGGACACGUUUUCCAUGUAAAUAGAAUCCGUUUCGCGCUUUGUUACGAUUGAUUCGUUAAAUUAAACCAAAAACUCCACGUAUUCUUUCAAUGUACAGACUCGUUGCCUCACGUUGCUCUUCUGUGGAGAGCUUUUGCAGCAAUAUAUGUUUCACGAGCGCUAAC